AUGAAAGUUUAAGAUGUUUCUGAGAAACAAGCAAAACCAAUAGAUUCACGAUUAAUGAAUGGACCUUUGCCAGAUCGUCAUUGCACUGAUAUUAUAUGCUGUUUAUUAUUUAUAGCAUCAUUCAUUUUUAUGUGGUAAGUUAUUAAUAAUUAUAAUAUAGGUAUAUUGCUAUUACAGGAUACUCAUUAGGUAAACCAGAGAGAAUAUUAGCAGCUUAUGAUUCAGAUGGUAUUGUUAUUUGUUAGAUUUAGGCAAUGCAUGUGAUUUGGAUUUACCUGACUAUCCAUUAUUAUUCUUUCCUAUCAUUCAUCCUGAUUAUUAUAAUAAGACAGUAUGUGUAGAAAGAUGUCCUGCAAAUACAUCAGAUACUGUUAAAUGUUAAACAAAUAAAAAUAUCACAACCUGUCCUAGAGAUUGUACAAAAGUAUCAGUAGACACAUCUGUUACUUUUGAUUUCACAUCUGUAACAUCAAUGUAGAACUACGUUGACUAAAUAACAAGUUAAGCAAGUAAGCCUGAAAAUUGGAUUUGCUUAUAUGGAAGUUAACCUAUAUUUUCUAGAGCAUGUUUUCCAAGUACUGCUUUAGAAAUAUUGAAUUAAACUUCAAAUUUUAGUUCAUCCAUUGAUUUAAACAGAUUGACUUCUUGGCUAUACGAUCUUUCUAUUGCAAAAUAUAUAAUAUUGGCAUCUUUUUUUAUAGCAUUUGGUUUAGGGUAAUAAAGUAUAUUUAUGUUAGAAUGAUUUAUAUGUUAAUUCUGAGAUAUUUAGGUGGUAUAUUUGUAUGGUUGACAAUCUUACUUUACUUUGUAGGAAUAUCAGUUUUGGCAGGAUAUACUUGGGAUUAGCAUUUAUAUUAUCUAAAGUAAAGAAUGUUAAAUAAUAUUAUUUUUAUAGUGAUUAUUCAUAAUCGGCUUCAGCAAGUUCUACUAAUGCAGCAGAUAAUGCCAAAGCUUUGGAAUAUUUGUUUUACAUCGAAAUAGCUUGGAUUAUAUUUUCAAUCAUUGCAUUCAUUUGCAUUUUUAAUAAAAUAAGAUUGGCAAUUGGAGUAGUGAAAACUGCCACUCUUUAUGUGAGAGACAACUUUUCUGUUAUGAUUGUACCUCCAAUAAUUGGAAUUUGUUUAGGAAUAUUAUGGGUGUGGUGGAUAGUUUCAGUUGUGUAAUUAAAUAUGAUUAAUUUAUUAGAUACAUAGUUGGACUUGGAGAUAUUAAAGGAGAUGGUAGCACUCCUUUUGCUACUGUAACAUUUGAUAACACUACGAGAAAUAUGGUUUAUUAUUUUAUGUUCGGUGGAUUGUGGAAGCAAGCCUUUUUAUUAGCUUUAAAUUAAUUCAUAAUUGGUUGUUCAGUUUGCAUUUGGUAUUUUAAUUAAGGACCAGGAUAAUCUUAUACUGGUAAUUUAUUUAAAAGUAUAUAUUGGGCAUUUCGUUAUCAUCUUGGAUCUUUAGCAUUUGGUUCUUUCAUAUUAGCUGUUGUUUAAUUUAUUAGAUUAAUGUUGGAAUAUGCAAAGUAUUAGGCUAAAAAGAUGUCAGGUGAUAAUAAAUGUACAAAAUGCAUUUUAGAUUGUCUUUCAUGUUUAGUAGCUUGUUUUGAAAGAUUCAUUGAAUUUCUAAAUAAAAAUGCAUACAUAUAAAUUGCAUUAACAAGCAAAAGUUUUUGUCCAGCAGCUAAAGAUGCUUUUGAAUCAAUAUGGGCAAAUACUAUGAGAUAUAGUUUAGUCUCUGGGAUUGGUGCUAUCUUUACAUUUGUAAUACAUUUUAUAUAUAUUUAUAGAUUGGUAAAUUAUUUGUAGGUUUUGCUACUGUCUUAUUUUCUUAUGAAAUCUUUAUCAAUGUAGAACCCUAUAAAACAGAACUAGCAUCACCAGUUGUACCAUCAAUUGUUUGUUUCAUUAUUGCUUAUAUGGUGGCUAUUCUAUUCAUGAGUAUUUAUUCAAUGGCUUGUGAUGCUGUCUUAACUUGUUUUAUUUAUGAUGAAGAAUUGAAUAAAUAAAAUGGUGGAAUGUCAGCUUAACAUUGUCCAGAAACCUUAAGAGAAUGGUUUGAUAGCACCUAAUCAUCAUGAUAUCAAUUUUAC